AUGGGCAAAACUUCAGCAAACGAGGCCACCUCGCAGAAGCAGAAACCAGGCAAGACGCAACAAGUCAAGGAGAAUGCCACUUCAUCGACUCCAACUUCCUCUACCAGUCGCCAGGAUGUAGACGGCGAGCUGCCAGGCCACAACACCAUGGACCACGAAGAUGCCAUCCAGAAGGCAGUCGAUGAGCAGCUCCUUCGCGAGCUGAACGCUACCAUUCCAGUCGAGUUUCGAGACGCUGAUGAUGGCAAAACGACCGCCGCACCAGCUCCGACUGCUCUCGAGAUCGCGGAGAAGAAGGCCCAGGAGGUACUGAACGCGCAAUCUGCUCCGUCUAUCGCUCCUCCGAAGGGAGCAAGCAAGCCUGGAACCAAAAUGAAGACCCGAAGCAAGGCCAGGAGCUCUCAGCGUGAGCUCGCGGCUUCGGACGGUCUGGAGCGAGAUGGAGAGAGGGCUGAGGAAGGAUGA